CGCACGGGUGACAGUCAUACACUCCUACGCUCCAAAUCCACCGCGACGACAUCGCGCACGUAUUCUGCCCCGACGAAUACGCAGGACUGGAGCUUUUCUGUAUACCGUCCGAGACAGCUCAAAUUUGCCCAGGAAUUCACCUCCAAAAACCACCACGAAAGAGGAAAGGCUGCCCCUCCACCCCACGCGCCAUAUAGUUGCGUCGAUUGUAGUCCUAAAAUCGCGCACGCUUUACGACCACCCGUAGUCGUAAACCAUGGCUCAGUCGACCGUCGUCCAGGCUCCAGGCCUGUCCACAUUCCUGAAGUCGCUGAAGACCACUCCAGUAGAUCCCUCGGUGGAGCACCUCAUCUCGCUGCUCAAGCGACGACAAAUCCGAAACUCAAGGCCGUGCGCGAUUGCGACAACAGCGCUUCUCCUGCGCGUGGUGGGCGAGUUCAAGGGCCGAGAUGCCGCAAAGCUCGUGGAGCGCAUUCGCCAGGUCGGCAGGCGCCUGACUUCAGCGCAGCCGCGUGAGGUCGUGGUUGGCAAUAUUGUCAGGCGUGUGCUGGGCUUGGUGCGUGAGGUGGUCGACGAGAAUGCAGAUGGACAGACACCCACAGGGAGCGAGGCACCUACGCCGGUACCGCAGCAUGAUUCCAUGCAACGACCGACCCUUGCCUCGAGCAUGUCCACCUUCAGCCCUCUAAAGCAUGCCGUAGCCGAGCCUAUGCACGUAGGCGUGUACGAUGGGAACAUGUCUGAUUCUGGCGAGCUCUCACGGCGGCCACCACUGCUCACCUCGCACACCUCGUAUGCGCCCACAUCCACUGGACCUCUUGUAAACUCUCUGUUUGGUCUUUUUUCACAACCUAUCGACACGCCUUCGGCUACAAGUACUCCAUCAGGAGCCCAGUCACCAAACGGCAAGACUACCUUCACACAACAGACUCUGGAGCGCUUGGGAGAGUUGAGCAGAGGACAGGCUGGCCUCGACUUGAAGGGGGAAGUUAUGGAGGGUAUAAGAGAGCUGCAAGACGAGCUGGAGACAUCAGACAAGCAGAUCGCCGAAGUUGCGCUUGAGCACAUCCACGCGAACGAGAUCAUCCUCACCCACACCGCCUCGACAACAGUCCAGAAGUUCCUGAUGUACGCUGCGAGGAAACGAAAGUUCACAGUCGUGCAUUGCGAGACAUACCCCCACGACAACACAGCGACACACGGGGUUCUCCUGACAGGCAAGAAGCGCGAGUCGCAUUCGGUCGAAGGCGAUGAGGAUGACAAGUGGAAGCCACUCACCGAGGCUGGCAUCCAAGUCUACGUCAUUCCUGAUUCGCACGUAUUCGCCAUCAUGUCGCGUGUUAACAAGGUCAUCUUAGCGACGCACACAGUCCUGGCAAACGGCAGCCUUGUUGCUGCCGCUGGAGCGCACAUGAUCGCAAAGGCAGCAAAGGAACACCAGACACCUGUCGUAGUUCUCAGCGGUGUAUACAAGCUGAGUCCAGUAUACCCAUUUGACAUUGACGAACUCAUCGAGCACGGCGAUGCUGGGGCCGUCGUGCCGUACGAGGACGGUGACUUUGUCGACAAGGUUGAUGUUGAGAAUCCGCUGUACGACUACGUUCCUGCGGAUCUUGUGGAUCUCUACAUCACUAACCUCGGCGGUCAUGCGCCAUCGUAUCUGUACCGUAUUGUGGCAGACCACUACCGGUCGGAGGACAUUACCCUAUAGAAGUGCCUUGCGCACCGAGAAGAAACAAUACAAGAUGCUAACAGCAUAAGAUUUUGCCCGAUGAUUCACACUUCUCCAUCAUAUUUCAUCUACCCUUCCUUAGUGUGUAACUGGUCGCUGCUUGCCCACGAAAGCAGAUUCAGGAACAGCCGGCUCCCCUCAGAAGGCAGGACCCAGCUUUAAAACGACAG